AUGAUCGCUAACCUCAACCUGCCAAAGCGUCUGCAGUGGUACAUGGUGCUAGCAGCGCUGACAUGCGUCAGUGCUAGUCCAAGUAUUGUGAAGCCAAAUACCAUUUUUGCUGGUUCUGCUUCUCUUAAGCAACAACUUGGUGCCGUCGGCCAAAGCGAUGCGCAAGUGGAGCGAUAUUUGAGAAGAAACUCGGACACGACGGAGAGCAUGGACGACGAAAACGAAGACAGAGGUAUGGAUGUACCUCCCAUAGUCCAAGGUUUAGCAGCAGAGGUCGGUAAAUCGGUCGAUACUGUCAACCCUGAAGUGUCCGCCGCCAUAGAACAAGGUAUAGCAGCAAAGGUUAGUGAAGCGGGAAAGUCGGAUGUUAUUCCUGGAUCAUCCGGCAUUGACCCCGUUCCAUUAGCAAAAAUUGGUGAAGCGGUCGAGGCUGGUGUCGACCCUGCCAGAUUAGGAAAUAUUUACGACGUUUUUACUGAUCAGUUCAAGAAAAUUAUGGGUGACGAGAUCGAAAUAUACAGGAACGGGGGAGACCUGCUUAAGAGUGACACAUUUACGAUGUGGUCCAAUUUUGUGGACGAAACAUAUAAACAUGCAGCCGGGGCUGAUGCAGACGUUUUGGCUAAUGCACCCAUUUUGGCUGAAGAAGCUAAGGUUAAUACGCUUCUAAGUACAUUCGAGAAGGACGCUGUGGUCAGCAUGUUAGAGGCCGGAAAAAAACGAUCAACUACGCAAGGAAUUGCCAACAAUUUGGAACUUGGUCUGCUGCGAAAGUGGGAAUCAGAAGGAAAGGAGGACAACAUUAUGGAUCUGCUAAUUUAUGGCAAGGAUAAGAGCGAAGUUUUGAUGAGUACGUCUCUGGAUAUAUGGGUCGAUCAUUUAAAAGAAAUGGGUAGAGACCCAUACGAGCUGUUUGUCACGCAUUAUAUAAAGCGCUACAGUGAGAAAGAGCUAGUAGAUAUGCUUGUUGCGGGGGGAGCCGACGAUCGGACCAGGCCACUAGCAACUAAAUUGGCGAAGAAGAUCUGGAAGGAAAGCGAAAUAAGUUUGAUCCGCAGCUUUGAGCUCUUUGGACUCAACAAUGAACAUCUAGAUACGCUUUUGAGAAACCCACUGCUGAGUACGUGGAUCAAUUUUGUUAAAUUGCUGGGACCAAAUCCAUAUGAAGUGUUACUGUUGGCGAUGAGGAAGCGCGUGGGUGACAAAAAGCUAGAUUCGAUUCUUGCUGCGGCAAAAUUUGAUGGCACUUAUCUGAAAAUUUGGCAGACCCUGCUGCAUAUGCAAGAGAAUUAUAAAUCACUGAAGCGUCUAAAGAAGUAUCCACAGGCGGAGGGGUGGCAGAGGGAUGGGAAAAGUGGUGACGAUGUUUUCGAUCUUUUGGAGUUUCCAGAUAAAGGAAAAUAUAUGUUUGAAACCGAUGAUUGGAACGCGUGGGUUGCGUAUAUGACCUACUUGGAGGAGCAAAAACGAUCAAAAGAUCAAAGAGAGAUCACAACGGUUAUAUAUGAAGUGCUGAAGAAUCGAUUUCGUAGCGAAGAUCUGCCCAAGUUGGUCGCUACAGCUAAAACUGUCGAGAGUACCAAGGAAAUUGCCGGAAAAUGGGAGCGUAGUGAGUGGCGGAUCGCACAGCGAACUCCGGACGACAUUUUCAACCUUUUGGAACUAAAGAAGAAGGGAGAUGCGGUAUUUGAGAGUCCGGAAUUCGAAUCCUGGGCCUUAUAUGUCAAAGAAUUGAAUAGGGGAAGAAACCGCAAAGACGACGUUGAGCUUGCUUUGCAGCUGUACAGACAUUACGGCCCCGAUGUGGAAAGAAUGCUCAAGCAAUCAGAAAAGACGGCCAUUGAGAAAAAGGACAAAGUUACGAAGACGUUCGUCAAUAAGAUGAGGAACGAGUUUGAGCAGAUAAAGUUGCUUGAGGAGAAGUUACCCAUGAAGAUGGAGCUCGAGGAGACGUCACCUGUGGAGAUGGAGGUCGAGGAGACGUCACACGAGAAGAAGCGACUGGGUAAGAGGUUGCGUACGAGCUCGCUUGCAGUGGCCACCGAUUCUUCAAAACGAACCAAAAUGCUGGAUGAAUCCGAGUCUUCGAUGAAAAAUUGA